GGCAAUGAAGCGAACUCAAAAACAAAGCUAGCUCUCGCCCUUUCCCUUGUAUUUAAUAAUCCUUAACCCAAAGAACAGCGAAGAGACUCGUUCCUUCAUCUUCACUCUUCAGCAACGAGCAAAAGCGAAGGAAAAAUCGAAAACAUUCGAAGCCCAGGGGCCUCUCUCAUGUUCCCUCUUGGGUUCCUCUCUCAUCGGUUUCCAUUUCUCUAGAAAUCCCUGACCCCGGAAUCAAGCUAGAAACACUUUCACCAACUCUAUCUUAUUCAACUCUUUCAGUCUUUUUGUUUUUUGUGUGGGAAUUAUGCAGCCUUGUAGCCGGGAAAUGCAAGCAAUGAACUCGCUUCUAAACCCAGCCCAACAAAUUCCACUCCAAGACCUUCAGAACAACGGCAACAGCAACGGUCACCAACAGAUCCAAAACCCACAGUUCGAUCCCACAUCGUCCCACGACGACUUCUUGGAACAGAUGCUCUCGACCCUCCCUUCUUGCUCUUGGUCCGACCUCAAGUCGCCUUGGGACCCGCCUAAAGCCGAUGAAACGGGUGGUGCUAAUUUGGACAACAAUGUUGGGUUCCACUACGAUGAGAUUCUAGCUUCCAAGCUUAGACAACAUCAAAUCAACGGUGGAGGAGGGUCUUCUCCCGCUACUGCAGCCAUGAAGAUGAUGAUGCAACAGCAGAUGAUGUUAGCAGGAAGAGCCGCCGCGGCCGCCGCUGCUGGUGGUGGUGGAGGAGGAGGAGGGUUGACUAUGCCCUUGUCUUUGGGGAGUUCUGCAGCUGGGUCUCAUCAGAACGACAUCGUUGAUGGGUCUUCGUUUAAAUCCCCUAAUCAUCAGGGAGGAGAGGGUUCCGUGCAAGCUUUGUUUAAUAGUUUUGGUGCUGGAUCUCUGCAUGGGACAAAUCAGUCAUCGAACCAGCCUCAGCAUUUUCACCAUCCUCAGGGAGGGACUAUGCAGCUGGCACAAAACUUUGGAGCUCCUGCAGGAACUGUGAUGAACCAAAGCCAGGCAAUUGGUUCCACGGGGGGUACACCGGCUCAACCAAAACAAAGAGUUAGGGCUAGGAGGGGUCAAGCUACUGACCCCCACAGUAUUGCCGAAAGAUUACGCAGAGAGAGAAUUGCAGAGAGAAUGAAAGCUCUACAGGAACUGGUUCCUAAUGCCAACAAGACAGACAAGGCUUCAAUGCUUGAUGAGAUCAUCGACUAUGUCAAAUUCCUCCAGCUCCAAGUCAAGGUUCUGAGCAUGAGCAGAUUGGGCGGUGCUGCUGCUGUUGCUCCCCUUGUUGCGGAUAUGCCCUCUGAGGGUGGUGGUGAUUGUAUUCAAACCAGCGCCAACGGUGGGUCCCUUCCGCGCAAUUCUAACGGCAACCAAACGUCGUCCAGUAACGACAGUUUAACGGUGACGGAGCAGCAAGUGGCGAAGCUGAUGGAAGAGGACAUGGGCUCCGCCAUGCAGUACCUUCAAGGCAAGGGCCUUUGCCUCAUGCCCAUCUCCCUCGCCACUGCCAUUUCCACCGCCACGUGUCAUUCCAGGAACCCCAUGAUCAACAACGGAAACGCGAACAACGGCGGCAACCACCCGCUGCUUCAAUCAACCGGCGAAGGGCCUUCCUCACCUAGCAUGUCGGUGUUGACUGUCCAGUCAGCCACGAUGGGUAACGGCGUUGUCGACGGUUCCGUUAAAGAUGCCGCCUCCGUUUCCAAGCCUUGAUAACGGCGUUGACCAACUUUGGGCUCGGUUGAAAGGAAGAAAAAAAAAAGGCUCAUCAAAAGGGAAGAAUGUGGAGGGAAUUCAACGGCCGCUGAAGUCUAUGAAAAUAAGGUGGUCUUGUCUUUCUUUACACGGCGCCGUAUUUACUUGGACUUUGGCUAAAGCCUAAAGCUAACCUCACCUACACCAUCCUCAAAAGAAGAAACAACAAAAAAAACAAGGAGGAGAAGAUCAACCCAAUCACCAGAGCAACUUUUAUUAUUAUAAUUAAAUAAUUUUUAAGUGUUUUUGGUUUAGAUUCUCUGUAUUUCAAUCUAUUUUAUAGUAUUUUUUUUAUAAAAAUUUGAGCUGUUCAAUGUAAUUUUUUACUUGAUGA